GAACAUGACAUUUUUCUCAAAUGUCAUCACAUCGCCCUAUGGGGAAGGAUGGUGUAAUGUUUUCGCUCGAUUAAUUUUUAACUUUCUAAUAUGGAAUCGAAUAAUACCGACGCCGAUAUUGGUGAUAAGUGUAAUUUAAACGGCGACUGUUCACCGACACCGAACAAACAAUCCUUCGACUUGAAUAACGCUAAAAAUAUUGAUGACAUCUCUACGCCUUCCGAGUUAAAAUUUGAUGAAGAACCUGAUUAUGAAGACCCAGAUGUUAAGGAAAAAAAGAAAGAUUUGGAGAAAUGCCUAGAGAACCCGGACUGCGUAAACUUGGAACAAUGGCAGAAUUUUGCAAAAAGCAAAGCGGGAUUGAUUAGUGAUGACUACAGAAGAAAAAUAUGGCCAUUAUUAGUUGGAGUGACGCAGGAAGAACUGACUGAACCUCCGUCCCUUGAUGAACUGUCUACACACAUAGAGUACAAUCAGGUGGUGUUAGAUGUAAAUCGGUCGUUGAAGCGGUUUCCUCCAGGCAUCCCGUACGAGCAGAGAGUGGCGCUGCAGGACCAGCUCACCGUGCUUAUACUCCGAGUCAUCAUGAAGUAUCCACAUUUGAAGUACUAUCAGGGUUACCACGACGUGGCCAUCACGCUGCUGCUGGUGUGCGGCGACCGCGCGUCGUUCCCGCUGCUGUGCCGGCUGUCGUACGGGCCGGGCGCGCCGCUCGCCCCCUUCAUGCAGACCACCAUGCAGCCCACGCAACACCUGCUCAACUACAUGCUGCCCGUCGUCAGCAGGGCCGACAGGAAGCUCGCCGAGUGCUUAGACAAAGCACAAGUGGGCACGAUGUUCGCCCUGCCCUGGUACCUGACCUGGUUCGGGCACAGCCUCAACAAGUACACGGACGUGGUCCGGCUGUACGACUACUUCCUGUGCGCCCCGCCGCUGUUCCCCGUCUACGUGACGGCCGCCAUCGUGCUCUACAGGGCUGAUGAGGUCUACACGUGUGAAUGUGAUAUGGCGAUGCUGCAUUGUUUGUUGUCCAGGUUACCAGACGACUUACCUUUCGAAGACAUAUUGGUGACCGCGAAGACGCUGUACGAGAAUAACGAUCCAACUGACCUCGAGCCGGAAGUGGCUGCGCUGGAGAGGAGAGAAGAGGAGCAGCGGCGCCUGGACGAGGAGCGCAUGAAGCGGCGCCAGGCGGCGGCCCGCAGCCGCCACACGUCGCUCCCGGCCCGCCUGCGCCGCGCGCUGCCCGCGGCCGGGCGCCUGGUGUCGCGGCGCGGCGCGCUGGCGGCCGCCACGGUGCUGCUGGCGGUGUUCGUGUACUACCGCCCCGACCUGCUCUACAACAGAAGGCGAGAAAAUGCACUGGAACUAUAGAUAUUCACAAUUAGUGUGAGAAGGGAAUUAGGUGCAAAUAAAAUAAAUAAUAUUUCUUGGGUAA